CUUUUCGGUUAGGUCACAUAGUCAAGAAGUGAAUCGAUCCAGUUGUUCCCGUAAUUUAUAAGAAUUUAUACUUAGUGUUUAGUGACCACAAAAUGUUUAAUUUAAAAGUGUUAGUAGUCCUGCUAGUGUCAGCAUUUCUUGCUGAAGGAUGUGAAUUGUCCUUAGAUAAAAAUAGACCGGGAGUGUUCCUUCAGCAGUUUUCUUCUAAAAAGCUGGUCUUAGACGUUAGUGGCGGUUCUGUGUCAUUCGCUGAAGGAAGUACCAUUCAAGGAUAUUGUAGUUCGGGAUUUAGAAAUUUACUAAGAAAUCAACAGAGCUACAAUCAAUCUUUCACGAAUGUAACCCUCUUGUGCCAGAAUGGAGACAUCUUCUACCUUUCCGGAGAUAGUCUCGAACCUGUGGAGUCGAGAUAUUCACUCGCGUGCUAUGAAAGUCAAGCUUCCUUCUACAUUGGUCCUGUGGAUUAUUGCAAGAAAUUGGGAUUGGUUUACGGAAUGAAUAUCGAUGGGACUCCGAUUAUAUUCGCUGAAGUGUGUUAUGAUAUUGAGAACAUGGAAGUGGACUUCAUACACUUUGUGAUGGGAGAACGACCGAUUAUCCUUGGAAAACAGGUUGAUGUCAGCCCAAACAAUAUCACGUAUCAACUACAAAAGGACCAACUUUUCACAUUUGCUGAACAGAACUUAAAAACAUUAGACAGUGCCUUAAGAGCAGGAGUCAAAAAGGAACUCCCAAACUACGAGAAAAUCGCUCAAUAUAGCUUCGACGACUUGACACCAGUUAGAUCCUACGCUGGAAGAUUCCGUCCUUUCACAGACAGUUUUGAAGCCGUAAAUUUAAUUCCAUGGUGGUCAACGCUGAAGUCGGACAACUGGAAAACGUUCUAUGGAAUUCUGGAAAAACUAUCAGUUGACGGACCAAUUGAUAUUUACGCCGGAACAUCAAAAGUUGUCCGAUAUCCAGCUGAUGAUGGAUGUUAUGAAAUGAAGAAUUUCACAUACAAGGUUGAUGCGACGACUAGUGAAACUGUUCCACUGCAAAUAUGGAAUUAUAUUAAACCCAGAAACCAGAAUAUAUCUGAAGUGGUGGUAGUUGGAAUCAACUCGCCUUUCCUAGGAUUCAUCUCUAAAAGUCCGGACAUAUUUGGAACUGGUAACUGCAAGGACACUGUUUGGUUGGAUCCAUUUAUGGAAGUUCGACGAAUGCCGGCACUCGGUUAUACGUUCUGUGUUACAGUGCAAGAAGCAGCUGAGAAUCUAAAAGGAUUUCCAGCAGUUUAAAGAACCAUAAGAAGUAAAGUGAAAAAGAAAUUGGUUAAAAUGGCACAAAG